AUGGCAGAGAGAGCUCUUUUGGAAAGUUUCCUGAGCUGCCAUGUGUGUUCAGAGACUUUCAGAGAUCCUGUGUCUCUGAGCUGCAACCACAGCUUCUGUUCAAGCUGCCUGCAGACAUUCUGGGAACAAACUGAAAACAAGAACUGUCCCAUCUGUAAAAGAAGAUCUUCUAAGGAGACGCUUCCAGUAAAUGCUAUGCUAAAGGAACUGGCUGACUCUUUUGUUAAAAUACAGGAAUUUGAUUUGGUUGAUCAGGAGAAACCAGAGAAGAAGUUAGAACUGGUUUGUAAUAAACGUCCAGAAGAUCCUUAUUUAUUCUGUGGGAAUGAGAAGAAGGCCGAGUGUCCUCUCAGUGAAGUUUCUCUCCAUCAGGAUCCCACACUCAGUGAGCUGAAGGAGCAGCUGAAAUCUGACUUAAAGUCUCUGCAGGACAAGAGGAACAAACACAAACAGGUGGAGAAAACAUACGAUGAUGUGAUUCAACACUCCAAGAAGCAGGUGUUGUCCACAGAGAGACAGAUCAGAGCAGAGUUCAACAAGCUCCACCAGUUCCUGAAAGAGGAAGAGGAGUCCAGACUGGCAGCUCUGAGGGAGGAAGAGGAUCAGAAGGGGAAGACUAUCAUCAGAGAGAUGAAGAGGAUUCAGGAGCAGAUCUCCUCUCUGUCAGACAGUAUCUCUGCUGUUGAAGAAGACCUACAGAAAGACAACAUGUCGUUCCUCAGCAGUUAUAAAGCCACUCAGAGCAGAACCAGAGCCCAGAACUCACUGUCAGAUCCACAGCUGGUCUCAGGAGCUCUAAUAGAUGUGGCCAAACACCUGGGCAACCUGUCCUUCAGAGUCUGGGAGAAGAUGAAGGAGAAGAUCCACUUCAGUCCUGUUAUUCUGGACCCAAACACGGCACACCCCAGACUCCAUCUGUCUGAUGAUCUGACCAGUGUCAGACAAGGAGACACAUGGCAGCAGCUCCCUGAUAAUCCAGAGAGAAAUUUUUAUUAUGCCAAUGUUUUUGGUUCUGAGGGCUUCAGCUCAGGGAAACACAGCUGGGAGGUGGAGGUUGGAGAUCAUCCUGCCUGGAAUGUGGGUUUGGUUAAAGAGUCUGCGGACAGGAAGAGAUACUAUUAUGCUUCACCUAAAUUUGGUGUGUGGUGUUUAUGGCAUGGCAGUGGGACAUACACUGAUAGUGAUGGUAAGGCUGUCACAGACAAGAAGAGUAUCCAUAGGAUCAGAGUCCAGCUGGACUAUGACGGAGGGGAGGUGUCCUUCUACGACCCUGAAGACAUGUCUCUUAUCUGCACUUACACAGACACUUUCAAUGAGAAAGUCUUCCCUUACUUUAGUAUCGCACACACCGGAAAUACCAAAACCUCUGAUGUCACAAUCUCUAAAAAAACAAUCUGA